UCGGCGGAAGGGAAACUGUGCCGUGCGAAUAAUAUGUUCAGCGGUCUACAAAUACAGCAGUAACCGCACUUGACAUUGAUCUUUAAAGUUUCAUGUGAAGUAUCAGUAACUAGUAUUCACAACGAUAUCCUCUUGGCACCUUAAUCCACCGAAUCUUUAAAAUGUUCUCACAAACGGUACUCAAGGCAGUUUUCCUCUCUCUCCUUACCUAUGCUUCAGCACUUCCUUCGGAACUGGACACUCGUGCAACUUGUCCCGAUAUCCACGUCUUUGGUGCUAGAGAAACCACGGCACCAGCUGGAUUUGGAACCGCAGGUGUGGUUGUCAACUUAAUUCUCUCCGCACACCCUGGCGCGACUUCAGAUGCUAUCGUUUACCCGGCAUGUGGUGGUCAAUCUUCGUGUGGUGGAGUCAGCUAUGCAAAUAGUGUUAUUGAAGGUGUGGCUGCCGUUGCUUCUGCAGUAAAUGCAUAUAACACACAAUGUCCAAGUACCAAGUUAGUUUUGGUAGGGUAUUCUCAGGUAUGUUUAAUUUUCUAGUUUUCGAAUUGCGCUUGUCUAUUAGUUUCGUCUAGAAAUGUAACACUAACUCACAAAUUAGGGUGGCCAAAUCAUGGAUAAUGCAUUUUGCGGGGGUGGAGAUACUAACGAAGGCCUUACGAGCACGGCAAUUCCAAUCCAAGCUAGUGCAGUUAAUAUGAUCAAAGCUGCAAUCUUCAUGGGUGACCCAAGAUAUAUCUAUGGACUUUCUUAUGAAGUUGGUACCUGCAGAGCCCAAGGAGUAAGUCCUCUACUUCAUAUUUCUUGUCCUAACUAUAUUUAUCACAUAUCAUACACAUCUCUAAGUACUUAUGAAACGUAUCUUAACAAUCUUCCAGUUUGCACCCCGCCCGUCCGGAUUUUCUUGCCCCUCCGCCUCAAAGAUAAAGUCUUAUUGUGAUGCCGCCGAUCCAUACUGCUGCAAUGGUUCCGACGCCAAUACCCAUCAAGGAUACGGCACUGAAUAUGGUCAACAAGCUCUAACUUUCGUGAAUGCCCAACUCGCCUCGUCCGGUACGUCCCCAACCACUACCCCAUCUAGCCCUGGUACUACCACUACUAUUACCUCCCCCGGGACCACUGGAGUUGCGCAUUGGGGUCAAUGUGGUGGGAAUGGAUAUACCGGGAGUACCACUUGUGCUAGCCCGUAUACGUGCACUUACGCAAAUGCUUAUUAUGCACAAUGUCUUUAGGUUAAUUUUUCUCCUUCCUUUCUUUCUUGUCUCUUUUUGAUUGGCAAUGAAACGAAAUGGUCCGAAAUCUACAUCUCAAAAUUCUCGUCAUACUUUUCCAUGUAUAUAGGAACGCAAACUGAACAUUUUUACCUCAUGAUCCGUAAUUGUGUCCCGACUUGCCAAAUUAUGGGAUGAUAUUUUGGAGCUCUAAAGCAUUGUGUUGAAGCGUUCACCGAUAAACAAGCCCGGAGGAUGGU